AUGAGGACUAUCUUGUGUCAGUGGACCCUUGUGGCUGUCGUUGUGGUUGCACUCACUGUGGCGUCCUGCGCUGAGGCGAAGACCACUCAGAAGCCAAAGUAUCAGUACACCAAGAAGCCUGUCCCUCAGAUCACAUUGCAUGGCCUUGUGACCACCAGCAUACCCAAGACACUCAAGACGGUGUCCAGUGCAAAUCCUGUGGCGCCCCUCCCCUUGCUUUCUCCGUACCACAGUGAGACCCCUGAGCCCUCUGGUGGUGGCCCUGAGAACUACACUCUGGAUUACAAUGAGUGUUACUUCAACUUCUGCGAGUGCUGUCCUCCGGAGCGAGGCCCCAGGGGGCCAAAGGGUGACAGAGGCCUGACAGGACCACCUGGUGAACAAGGCCCUGCAGGAGCAACUGGUUUACAGGGACCACCGGGUGUGAACGGUCCUGCAGGAUUUAAAGGAAGCAGGGGGGAUAAAGGUGAAAGAGGAAACAGUGGGACUGCUGGCCCACCAGGUAUCCCAGGAAAACCAGCACAGAAAGGAGAUGUCGGCUCAAACGGUGAGAAAGGGGAAAUAGGGCUGCAAGGUGUCAAAGGUAAUAGUGGAGGGAAAGGGGAACCUGGCCAGAAUGGGAAUGCUGGCGAUAAGGGAGAACCGGGAAAAGAGGGACCUCCAGGAAUGGCUGUCGAGCUAGGUCCUAAGGGAGAAAAGGGAGAUAGGGGGGAGUGUGGCACUUUUGUAGAGAAAGGACAAAAAGGAGAGCGAGGUGAUCCCGGGCAAUCCGGCAUCCCAGGAGUGAUGGGCAUUCCAGGAAUUAAUGGCAAACACGGAUCAUCAGGGCCUGUAGGUGUCCGAGGGGAUCAGGGACCUCCUGGACCUCCAGGAGAACCAGGGAUGAGAGGGCCUCAAGCACCACAGGGCAUAAGAGGGAUGCCUGGCCCAAAGGGGGACAGAGGUUACCCUGGGAUGAGAGGUGACCGAGGCUUCCGUGGAUUGAAAGGAGGUAAAGGAUCGGGUGUUCCUCAGAAACGCUCAGCCUUCAGUGUGGGCAUCUCUCCAAAAAAGUCCUUCCCAUCCUCGGGCUUCCCGAUCCGCUUUGACAAAAUCUUCUACAAUGAAGAGAAUCACUUUAAUGUCUCUUCCAGCACCUUCACAUGUGUCAUACCUGGGGCUUAUGUCUUCUCCUUCCAAAUCACUGUACGCAAUCAGCCACUGCGAGCCACCCUCGUAGUGAACGGGACCCGGCGGGUAAGGACAAGGGACUCUCUGUACGGCCAGGACAUUGACCAGGCUUCCACUCUGGUGGUGCUGCGGCUGGCGUUGGGCGAUCAGGUGUGGAUGGAGACAUUCAGAGACUGGAAUGGGGUGUAUGCAAGCAGUGAGGACGACAGCAUCUUCUCUGGGUUUCUACUUUACCCAGACACGCCCUGAUACUUAGUGAUGCUGACAAUAUCUUCCACUACAAUGUUAAGACAUGAUCAUAUAUGAAGAAGAACCAAAUGCUGGUGGUGCUACACUUUCACACUCACUACGUAUGAACUCCUCAGAUGCUGUACGGUACACUAGAGAACUGGUAUUAUCAAGAUCAUUUGAAAUAUUGCAUUAUCAGUGUAUCAGUAACCUCUUGUUUGACCCAAAUGGAUAUAUAAAUAUGAGAAAACAAUGUUUUUGAUUAAAAUGACCUACACAAAGAUCGUAGCCAAGGUGAAUCAUGGCCACACAAACAAUAAAGUCUCAAGGGGCAUUAUGAAAAACGUAACAUGAAGCCCGCCAUUUUGCAUUUAGUGGCAAUUUUCACAUUUUUCAAAUUUUUCACAUUUCUACUUUGAUGAACUUGUCCCAGGGUUUUAACCAGAUCAAGUGGCGUCAAAGUUUGAUUACACUCCAUCAAAACCCAAGGUUCUGUAUCUCUGACAUAUUUGGUCCAAUCGAGUCCAAACUAGACAUGUAAGACAAGAGUCCCGGCCUUAUGACAUCUACACAGAAAUCAUGGCUUAAAACCACAGCGCCACCUGCUGGCUACAGGAAGUGACAUGUUUUAUACUUUGAAGAACUGCUCUUGGGUGCUUUACAUUAUACAGCUCAAAAGUGCUCCGUCAAGUCAUUGGAUCGUGGUCAGAAUUGUGACAUUUCCUCAAAGCUCGUGCAGCGAAGGAUCAUGGACACGAUGGGCAAAAGACACGAUGUUGGCAUAACUGCACUGUGCAUUGUCCUAUCACUAACAAACUUCUGUCACAUGAAGUCUCAGUCUUUGUCUUUACUAUGGAAUUCUCACACUCUUUUCUUUCUAAUCAGGUAUCUAACUGCGUAUUAGGACAUAGAAAUAUAUUAUGUAUGUGCUGAGUAUAGGGAAAAUAUCACCAUGAGCUGCCUUACUAUUUCAAAUCAAGCGAAAGGGGACUUAACUCUUGCAUUUGAGAACUAUAUGAUAUCCACUGUCAUGUUAUUUUACCAAUACAUGUACUAUGUAAGCAGUAUUGUUGUACAAUGAGGCUGUAUAAAGAGAGUGUUUCAGUGCAAAUAAA